AUGAAUACGUUUAAGCUUUCUAAUAUUUUAUUUAACAUUGUGAUUUUACAUUUAAUUGUAAAAUGUGUAUCAGAAUCGACAGAAGUUACAAAUUGUGACGGGUAUGAAGCUAAGAACCUGCCACCUUAUGGAACAUUUUGCGAUAGAUUUAGUGAGAAAUGUAUUGACACUGUACAUUUCCAUUUUGAAAAUAAUAGAUUGCCGUAUUUUGUAUUACAUAAUUUUACAUUGGACUCUACAUGGAAAUCUGUCGGAAAUAUUAUAUAUUGUAAAAGUGGUACUUGUCGUGCAGAAUUUACUAUAAAGAUUGAAAAAAGUACACAGAUUGAAUAUGGCAAUAAAACAUCUUCAACGCAAUGGUCCACAUUGGGAUAUAGUGAAGCUAUUGCAAAGACUAUAGCUGACAGUGUGAAUGCUGGUUUUUCGGGCAUGGGCAUACAAUUUCGCGUAUCCACUGAAACUGAUGGUGAUGGUAAACGAUCAUUUGAAGUUACUAAUAAGAAUGGUUUUACUGUAUUGUAUUCAACUAGUACAGCAAGAGCAAAUACUGUCGGUGCGGAAAAAAAAAUCACAUGUGAUGGGGUUCAAAAUGAAAAAAUAUUUGUGGAGGCGCGAACAAACAUGGCACGAUUGAGGGGCAACGCUUGCGAAUUUUUAUGUAAUGGUCCAAAUGAUUACUUAAUUAUGAAUCAUGAAAGCUUUUUCAAGUGUAAUUACGUUGAUUUAGAAAUGUAUCCAGUACAUAAUAAAAAUAUAGUCAUCGAAUUGCGAUGUAACCGUGAAAUGGUGAAAUAA